CGGAAAACCAUAUUCCAGAAUUUAUUUUUAUUUGACUAAAACGUCAAACUUUUUGAAGUUCAUGCUAAAUGAAGCAUACAGCCCCAUCGAAGACGAGGAAGACGAUGACAUUCAAGAGCUCCUUGUUUCACCGUUUGCGGCAACUGACUGUGCAAUGCCAACAAGUUGGGUGAAUGAUGGGUGAUGCGGCAACAAGAGACCCAGAAGCAUCAACAUCUAAGAAAUUUGAGCAUGAAUCUGAAGCCCUUGAAACUGCUUUGUUACAAGCCGCUCAAAUUGAGAAUAAUCCUGAGACAAUAAUAAUUGAAAAUAUUGUUGAAGGUCCUGCGAUACUGGAUGUUGUUGAAAUUUCAAAUAAUGCAGCAUCAGAGAACAACAUAAGACUUGUUAAGAUACAUAGAUCGAAACUAAGGCAAGAUAUGCUGGAGGUUUUUAACCAUGAUGAUAUUUUACAAUGCAAUGUUGAUGUAACUUACAUUGGCUAUAAUGGGCAAGAAGAAAUUGGACGUGGAGCAGGGGUUCUUCGUGAUGCAUUAACAUCAUUCUGGAAAGGCUUUUGUAAUGCCUUAAGUGUUGGUGCUCAGAGUAAAGUACCUGCAAUUCGCCAUGACUAUCAAAAGAAAGAGUGGGCAGCUGUAGCCAGGAUCUUGCUGUUUGGAUUUAUGAAGGAGCGUUACUUUCCACUGGUUUUGUCCCCAGCAUUCAUAGCAGCAUGUUUGUUUGGGGAAGAUGGUGUCAGUGAUGACUAUCUGCUGAAAUCGUUUUAUAAGUAUAUAGGUGAAGAAGAAAGAGAAGCAUUGAAGAAAUGCAUGAGUGAUGACUUUGAUUCUACAGAUGAGGAUGUGUUAGAUUUUCUAUCUAGUUACAAAUGCUAUAAACAUGUUACCAAAGAAAACAUAAAUGAGAUAAUUCAUUGUUGCUGA